GACAAACUAUUGUAACCCCGUCUUUUCCCAUUCAAUUUCUCCUUCUUCUUUUCUCUUUCUCUGUCUCCGCCCCCUGCUUUCGACUCUGCAGAGAAAGUAAGAAAGAAAAGAAAGGAGGAUAGGAGAAACAAGAGCAGUAGAUAGUUUCGUCAAUGGAGUACCGGAGACGUUCAACUUCUGGUUUUCCUAAGGGUCUUCGUAAUGGCCACAGCAGCUUCAACGGGAGAGGCAUAUUCAACGGCCUAUUUGAUUAUCGAAGGGACUCAGGCCGGGUGGUAGUACAGGAUUACGGUGAGAUAUUUGGCGGUGCUGGUGCUUCGAUUCCGGUUCUUGAUGUCCCUGAAGUGAAUGAGAGCGAAAUGCUAGUCGAUGUCUUGAGUUCCAAGCUUAAUUACUCCAACAUUUUUGGCGGUUCUGCAGAGUUCGAUUUCGCUGCCUCUCAUGAGCAGUUACUAUCCAAACCAAAAAUGGAGAAAAUGACUCCGGUGGCCAAGACACGAUCCCACUCAGAAAGCUCGUUUCCUUCUAAUUUUCCGGUGGCAAAUGAAGUUGCAUCACUUGAAGCCUCGCAUCAAUCUUUUGGUGAUAUAAAGAAGUUCAAGAUGUCAUGUAAGAAGAGCAGCCCAGGGACCAAAAAUGGGACUAACGGGACGAUGCAUGCUGCCCAGCUCCAUGGAGGUCCGGCUGGUUAUACUUUCUUAGUUGAUGAAAUCAUUCCAUUGCCGACGACUCAAGAUGACAAGCCGGUAUCCUCUGCAACACAUGACGGUUGUCCUACCAUCAAUUUCAGUGAUGGAAUGAUGGAAUUCAGACAUCAUGGGAGAACCAUGUUGGACCUUCCUCCUGACGGUGGUGCUUCUAAACUUAGUUCGGAACGGGAUCAUGCAAUUCAAGGAAAAUCCAGUGGUAGUGAAUAUCAUCAAACUGACAUAUUUUUUGAUGCAAACGAUGUUGGCCUUGGUAAACAGCCUUCAAGAGUGUCACCAGCUUCAAGCCUGCCGAACAACACAGGGAGUAAGAAAUGUCAUUCUUCUAAAUCUGGUGCUUCCAUGACUCACAUUUCAGGAGAUGCUACUGCUGUUUCUUCACCUCCUUACUUUGAUGAGGAAAUAGAUGUAAAUUCAGUGGCAGCUACCUCUGCAGCUGCAGUGAAGAGGGCAAUAGAGGAGGCUCAAGCUAGAAUAAAAAUGGCAAAAAAAUUGAAAGAAAGAAAGAAAGUCAGGCACCAAAAUUUUGUGAAACCAAAAUUUGAUGGCUUGACAGGUAAUGAGAGGAAGGAGGUUAAGGAUACAGUCAAAGAAAAGAAAUUUGGAGAGCAGGAAACUUCAGUUCAAACCUUCUCUUCCAUAAGAAAGCCAAAUGCAAUAGAACCUGUCCAAAUGGUUCCAGACUUGGGAGACAGAGAGAAUGCUUUCGUUGGCAAUGAAGCCGCAGGAGAAGCACAUGGAGAAAAUUUCAGAUCAUUUAUGGCUAACCAAAGACAGGAAGAAAUAGAAGAAAGCAAAUCAGGAAAAAAGGGAGAGAAGGUAAAAUAUAUCAUGCAGUCUAUGAAUGAAUGUCAACCAGAAAAGAAUAAAGCCGAUGAAAACCAAGAAGAUGAUGUUAAGAAAGUAGAAGCUAUUGAAGAGACUAGCACAGAUGUGGUUGAGGAGGAGCAGGAUGCACUGACUGCGGCAUGUGAUUUGCAAGAAUCCAGAAACAAGCAGAAGUCAGCUGAAGAGGUUCCUGAUCAGAAGCAAGAUAGAAACAAACUGAUAUUUUCUCAAAUUUGGGUGAAGAUUGAGGAGAUGCUUGGAGUUUCCACCGAGCUGGAAGCAUCUGAAAGCAAAUUGAAUAAACUAGAGAAACUGACAGAUAAUAAGCAAAUACUUGAAAGGGAAGAGCCAAAGGAAGAUAAUAGUUUGAACAGAUCAGAAGAUGCUCAGCAAUGUGCACCUGAGACUGAAGAAAGUCAAACAGUACUCCAAGAUAUUCCUAUGAAAGAAGAAUGUGGGGUGAGAUUUGAAGAAGCUUCUGAAAUGGUGGAGUUGGAGGAGGAACAGAAAGAGUUCUGUGGAGUGGAAGACAAUGAUGAGAAACACGAUUUAUGCAGUGAAUAUGCCGAGAAACUUAUAGACAAAUUUGAGAAAAUGGAAAUAUUUGAGCAGAAACUUGAUGACUUUUAUUACGUGGAAGAAAAUGAGAACAAAUUUAAGGAGGGUGAUGAAUCAGGAGGGAAUCAGGAAGAGACUGUAAGUGUUGUUAAGGAGGUUAAUGAGAUCAAAGAAACUGAAGAGACACAAAAAGGGACUUCCGAGUGGGAGAACACUGAAAGGGUACCAGAGCAGACUGAUCAGCGUGUAGAAGGUGAGAGGAUGGAAGAGACUGAAAAGGCUUAUGAAAUUGAAACUGAAGACAGAAAAAAAGGGACAACUGAAUUGGAAAACACUCAGAUGAUACAAGAACUGACUGGUGGGAUUAUAGAUGGUGAGAAGCCAGAAAGUACUGAAGAGGAUCUUAUGAGUCAUAGCGAUGUUGGCGAAGCUGAGGAUACAUACAAGCAAGUUGAAAUAAAAAAUCUAAUCGAAACUCAGCAACACUUUGAAGAAGUAGUGACAACUCUAGAGGUAUUUGCACGUGCAGAUAAUUUUGGGAUAGAAGAACUUACUGAAGCUUGUCUUCAAUUCAAGGAGACUGGAAGAGAGUCUGAAGCACUUGAAGUGGAUAAUGAUGUGGAACACACAAGGGUAUUUGAUGCAUCUGGCUUGGCAGAUGGCAUCUCUGAACUUGAUGAGAUCAAGAGGCAAGCAGAGAAUGCAAGAGAGGCCCCUGCUCUAGACAAAAAUGGGAUGAAUGUUGGUAUGAUGGAUAUGAAAUUUGAGGAAUUCCAACAUGAUCAACAUGCAAAAGGAUCUGAAAUAUUCUGCAACGUAGGAACAGAUGUGGACUUGGCAUGUGAAUUAGAAAAGAGUAAUAAGGAUUUUGAGGAAGAUGGAGCUGCGGUACAACAGGAGAACAAAUAUGGUUCUGAAUCCACGGAUGGGAUAUUGUGGCCAGAUAAUGGGGAAAGUAUUGAAGCAGCAGAUCAGCCACCUUGUACAUUUGAAGGGAAAGAGGAAACUGUGGGAAUAGCUCAUGAGACUGAGACAAACCAAAGCACAGAACAAGAUGACAAGAACCAUUGUAAAACCCUGACAGAGAUGGAAAUGGACCUAGAGAAGGAUGAGCAAAGAAAAAGAGAUGAAGCAAAAGAAGGAGAAAAGGAGAGAGUAGCCGUUGAAAGAGCAGUCCUUGAAGCUUGUGAUAGGGCCUUUGCUGAAGCCCAAGAAAGGGCUGAAAGGGCAGAGAGGGCUGCAGCAGAAAGAGCAAAUGCAGAAGCACAUCAAAAGGCAAUGCCUGAAGCCCGACAAAAGUGGGAGAAACCUUCUUCUAAGGUCAAUGAUAAGGCUUCUAUGGAGGCCAAGCUCAAAGCUGAACGUGCAGCAGUUGAGAGAGCUAUUGCUGAGGCCCGGCAACGUGCCCUAGAGAAAGCCAUGUCGGAGAAGAGUGCCUUUCAGGCAAGAAACCAAGCUGAAAAGUUUUCUGCUGAGAGGUUAUCUGGUUCUUCCAAAUAUAAUGGAACAAAACAUACUGUUCGACCUUAUGAUUCACAUUCUAAUGGCUCUAAUACUUCCACAAGUUCAAGAUAUCCUAAUUCUUCAAGUAAUGGUGUUAUCCACACUUCUGAGAGGUUUGAGGGUGCUAAUGGUGAACCUGCUCAGAGACAUAAAGCUAGGUUGGAAAGGCAUCAAAGGACAGCAGAAAGAGCGGCAAAAGCUCUUGCAGAGAAGAAUAUGCGUGAUCUUAUUGCCCAAAAUGAGCAGGCUGAGAGAAAUAGAUUAGCAGACACUCUUGAUGCUGAAAUCAAAAGAUGGUCAAAAGGAAAGGAGGGAAACCUGCGUGCACUGCUUUCUACUUUGCAAUAUGUUCUUGGACCAGAAAGUGGUUGGAAGCCAGUCCCUCUUACGGAUCUUAUAGCAACUGCUGCUGUAAAGAAGGCCUACAGAAAAGCCACACUCUUUGUUCAUCCAGACAAGUUGCAGCAAAGAGGUGCCAGCAUACAGCAAAAGUACACAUGUGAGAAGGUUUUUGAUCUGCUAAAGGCAGCUUGGAACAAAUUCAGUGCCGAGGAACGGUAGAAACAUGGCCUAUUUCCACUUUCUAGGUCUGCAAAAUGCAAGUAGUAAUCCUGUGUAUUGAACGAAGCAAAUUUUAUGGAAGAAACAUAUGUCAAUCUUAAUUCAGUACUGGCACUUGUGCCUGAAACAGAUUAUUUACUCACAGCCAACUCCCAACAGUACAUACGAUGAGAAUCAAUGGGAAUGCCAUGAAAAGAAGAUGCCAUAAAUGAGAUUUAUCUCU